AUGUCGGAGGAGAAGCCCCGGGAAGGCGUGGAAACGGAGCACGAGCAUAUCGACCUGAAAGCGAUCGGGCAGGACGGCUCCGCGGUGCGGUUCAGAAUAAAGCGGCCCGCUCCGCUGAGCGAGCUCAUGAGGGCGCACUGCUGCCGACAGGGCUUGUCAAUGAGGCACAUCAUGUUCCUGUUUGAUGGACAGCCAAUUAAAGAAGCAGACACACCUGCACAGCUGGAGAUGGAACACCGUGACAUGAUCAAAGUGUACCAGCAGCAGACAGGUGGAGGGUGCUAA